CCAUGACACAGACUCUGGAUCCCAACUGUUCCAACAGCUCAGAAGACUGGAACACCUUUUACUUCAACUCCUCAAGGGACCCCCAAUGCCUCCAAUACCCACCCUACCACUACACCCAACAGAAUAUCACCUAUGUGGACUUGUACCUCCACGAGCCCUCGGUGGCGGUAGUCUUCAUUGUGUCCUACCUGCUCAUCUUCCUGGUCUGUAUGGUGGGGAAUGGUGUGGUGUGUUUCAUCGUGCUGCGUAGCAAGAAUAUGAGGACAGUCACCAACCUCUUCAUACUCAAUCUGGCUAUUAGUGAUUUGUUGGUUGGCAUAUUCUGUAUGCCCACUACCCUGGUGGACAACAUCAUAACAGGCUGGCCUUUUGGAAGUUUAGUGUGUAAGCUGAGUGGGAUGGUUCAAGGCAUAUCAGUGUCAGCUUCAGUCUUUACUCUGGUGGCAAUAGCUGUGGACAGGUUCCGCUGCAUCGUGUACCCCUUCAAGCAGAAGCUGACCAUCUCCACCUCCAAGCUGAUCAUUGUCAUCAUCUGGGUCCUGGCUAUCUCCAUCAUGUGUCCUUCAGGGGUCAUGCUCCAGGUGACCAAGGAGCAGCGUGUCCUGAUUCUACUGGGGGACGGCUACAACAACACACGCCCAAUCUACUGGUGCCGUGAGAACUGGCCCAAUCAGGAAAUGAGGAAGAUCUACACCACCGUCCUCUUUGCUAACAUCUACCUAGCCCCACUGUCACUCAUUGUCAUCAUGUACGUCCGCAUCGGAUUCACACUCUUCAAGAUGGCUGUACCCGCCUCAGGCCGUGGAAUCAGUAGUGGCAGCAGCAGUGGGACGAAGCCCGGCCUGGACAACCACCGUCAGACAGUGUCGAAGAAGAAGAAGAGGGUGAUCAAGAUGCUGCUGAUGGUGGCAUUGCUUUUCAUCCUGUCGUGGCUGCCGCUCUGGACGUUGAUGAUGCUGAGUGACUACGCCAGCCUGACAGCGAGCCAGCACCGUGUCAUCAACAUCUACGUGUACCCGUUGGCCCACUGGCUGGCCUUCUUCAACUCCUCCGUCAACCCCAUCAUCUACGGCUUCUUCAAUGAGAACUUCCGCCGGGGGUUCGAGGCCGCGUUUAAGUUCCAGCUGUGCGUCGCCUACAUGGAGCGCCAGAUGAUCUACUCGCGUCGUAUCCAAGGCAACGCAGUGUUACCUGAGAACCUGCAUCUGGCCACCAGGCCCGGCUCGGCAGGUUCAGGAUUGGCUUUGGUGAACGGGAAGGGGCUGGGCCGGGAGGAAGUUGUCGGGCGGACGUCAGGCGAGAAGUCGUCGGGGAGCAACAUGAAGGAGCAUGAUCUGAUCAUGGAGGACCUGGAGAAGAUUUUAUAUGACCUAUGAGACACUUAGUGUCACAAAGGAAGGUGCACUUCCUUCAUUUAGCCGUGCACAUAGACAUCCAUUUCCACAUGGCUAUUUAGGGUCAUGACUUACAUGUAGGGUUGCAAAGUGAGGGUAUAUUACUGGAAACGUUAAAGGUUUAGCCGUAAAUUAUCAGAAUUUUGGUAGCUCAAAGGUUUAUGUGGAAUUUUAUCAGAUGACAUCUAGUGGCCUUUUUGGAUAUUUCAGAUUAUCAGAGGGAUCUGUAAUUAUCGAUGUCCCUCUCUUAUCACAUAAAAUACAUGUCAUUUUAUUUUAUUUUUUAAAUCAAAUGACAAAUCUGUAUAAACCAUCAACUUAGUGAACAAUGUUGGUGUUUAAUAUGAGGGUUUCAGUGUUAAAUAUACUUUAUCUUUUUUUACUAUGUCAAUAGUAAUAUGUUGUAAAUGUUUUGCUAAUAGAAAAAUGUCAUUGUUGAUUAAAUGCCUUUUUCAUUAAUUAGGUUAUUUUCUCUUGAACCAUAUGGUCUAUCCACUAGAAAUGAAUGUACACUAUGGACAGAGAUAUAGGAAAUUAAUAAUAUGAAGUUAUUCAAGUAUAAAUUAUCAUAGAUUACCUGUUAAUUACCAAAAUUACAGAAGAUUCCGGUUACUUUAGUAAAUUACUGAUAGCUUUGCAACCCUACUGACGGGUGACAUUUAAGGAGGACAUCUCACACUAAAGAAGUAUUGAAUGUCACAGAUGAUAUGCGUGGAUUCAGCCUUACAGAUGGACAAUAGAGUACUAAGCCAAAAAUGGGGGUGAGAGGAUGCUGGUGGCUUCUUAAUGCUGGCCGGGGGUGUCAUUACAAUAUGACAGUCUUUCUUCCAGUCAAAUGGGAUGUCACUCAGAGCUGAGGCCGAGUCUAUUCAAUUGCCUUGGGACUGACACCAGAUCAGAACAAUCCAAUAGAUCAUGCGGGGCUGGGUGAUGCCUCCUGCUACUGCACACUUAAAGGUCCAAUGCAGCUGUUUUUAUCUCAAUAUCACAUCAUGUCCGGGUUACAAUUACAGCGCCUGCAGAAAGUUUUCACACCCCUUGACUUUUUCCACAUUUUGUUUUGUUACAGCCUGAAUUCAAAUGGAUUAAAUUCAGAUUUUGUGUCAGUGGCCUAUAGACAAUACCCCAUCAUGUCAAAGUGGAAUUAUGUUAUUAGAAAUGUUUACAAAUGAAUUAAAAAAUGAAAAGCUGAUAUAGUAAGUAGUCUGUAAGUAGUCAACCCCUUUGUUAUGGCAAGUAAAAUGUGCCUUAACAAGUCACAUAAUAAGUUGCAAUAACAGUGGUUAACAUGAUUUUUUAAUGACUACCUCAGCUCUGUAUCCCACACAUACAAUUAUCUGUAAGGUCCCUCAGUUGAGCAGUGAAUUUCAAACACAGAUUAAACCACAAAGACCAGGGAGGUUUUCCAAUGCCUUGCAAAGAAGGGCACCUAUUGGUAGAUGGGUAAAAAUAAAAAAGCAGACAUUGGAUCUCCCUUUGAGCAUGGUGAGGUUAUUAAUUACACUUUGGAUGAUGUGUCAAUACACUGAGUCACUACAAAGAUACAGGUGUCCUCCCUAACCAGUUUCUGCUCAGGGAUUUCACCAUGAAGCCAAUUGUGACUUUUAAACAGUUACAGAGUUUAAUGGCUGUGAUAGGAGAAAACUGAGUAUGGAUCAACAACAUUGUAGUUACUCUAUAAUGCUAACCUAAAUGACAGAGUGAAAAGAACAAAGCCUGUACGGACUAAACAUUUCCAAAACAUGCAUCCUUUUUGCAAUGAGGUACUGAAUAAAGUUAAACUGCAAAAGGUUUGCAAAGAAAUUAGCUUUUUAUCCUAAAUACAAAGCAUUAUGUCGGGGGCAAAUACAACACAACACAUCACUGAGUACCACUCUUCAUAUUUUCAAGCAUGGUGGUGGCUGCAUCAUGUUAUGGGUAUGCUUGUCAUCGGCAAGGACUAGGGAGUUUUUUGGGGGGAUAAAAAUAAAUGGAAUAGAGCUAAGCACAGGCAAAAUAGACCUUUCAGCAGGACAAUAACCUAAAACACAAGGCCAAAUAUACACUGGAGUUGAAUGUUCCUGAGCGGUCUAGUUACAGUCUAUGGCAAUCUUGAAAAUCUUGAAAACCGACAUGAAAGAGCUUGACGAUUUCAAAAAGAAUAAUGUGCACAUUUUGUAUAAUCUAGGUGUGCAAAGCUAUUAGAGCAAGGGUGUGCCAACGAGGCAGCACACUGAGAAACUUAAUUAAUUGAUCAUUUUGGCGAUUGCCUAAAUUCAAAACAUCUGGUCUUCCAGGUUGGUUAAAUCCAAGACAUGAAGUACAGUACCUACAGCACUCCAGGACCAGGGUUGCCUAUCCCUGUCUUAUAGACUUACCCAGAAAGUCUUACAGCUGUAAUCGAUGCCAAAGGUCAUUUUAACAUGUAUUGACUCAGGGGUGUGAAUACUUAUGUACAUUAGAUAUUUUUGUAUUUAAUUUUCAAUAAAUUUGCACACAUUUCUAAAAACAUGUUCUCACUUUGUAUUGGGUAUUGUGUGUAGGUGGGUGAGAAAAAAUAAAUGUAAUCAAUUUUGAUUCAGGUAGUAACAACAAAGUCAAUGGGUAUGAAUCAUUUCUGAAGGAACCUCACUGUGAUUGUUUGCAAAUAAAAUGGUUAAAUAGCCCCGCCCCACCUAGUCAGCCAGUCAGAAUCUGCUACUGCAUUGCGGCCGAGGCAUACUGCAUACUUUUUUUACUAAACGCGACGAUGCGACAAUGAGUACAGUAUGCAGUUUAAGUAUGAACAGUAGUACACUAGUAUGGUUAUUCGGCCACAGCCACUGACACUGUUGACAGGCAAUUAUGGAUCUGUUCCUGGAGAGUUACCCUGCUGUAGGUUUUCGCUCCGACCCCAGUUGUAGCUAAUCUGAUUCAGUUUAUCAACCGGCAAAUGUUUUGAAUCAGGUGCGCUAAAUUAGGGUUGGAGCAAAAGCGUACAGGACGGUAGCUCUCCAGGAAACGGUUUGCUGUGUAAAUAUAUUAUGAACUGUAUCAUGUCUGUUGAAGUCAUGAAAUGUCAUGAAAUGUUAUGAUAGGUUGUCUAUCAUUCAAAUAAAAAGCAUGAGCUGGUGAACACCCAGAGAAAAUUAUUUUGUAUAGAGGUGCUGAGUAAUGGCGAAUAAACUGUAAGCUAUAAAAUAAUAAAUGGAGUCGUUAUAGACACUCUAUGUCUAUAAACUCUGAGUAAUUUAUUGAGUUAUUGCCGACCCAAUAAAUUACUGGGAGUGUGUGUGUGUGUAUAUGGUGGUGUUGUGAUUGUCUCAUUCAAGAAAUGUGCACCAUAAAAAAUACAUACCUCAGCUUAUUGGUGGAAGAGUAGUCCACCCACCCUCUGAGAUUGAACUGUUACAGACAGGCAGAUAAGACCAUAUUUAUUCUGCGUAGUAAACCUAAUACAUAAUUAGUUAAGAGGAUGUCAAAGGCUGUACUAUGUUAUGUUGUGUUACUGGGCUUCUGUGUAAACAAUGUCAAUGCUGUGUGAGCUUGUCAUUUCUGAUGGAGGACAACAGUGGGGCUUCAAA